AUGCCCCGGCUGUUCGGUCACGCCACUGCAGGCUUGCACAAGCCUCUUCUAGUCCCGUCUGUCCCCACUGGUGCACGGAUCUGCUCCAGGUCCCUUCCGGUGCUGCCGUCCCCGGCACAUGCUGCCACUCUCCCACUACUGGGCCAGUGUUCGGGGUCAGCACCAGUUGGAGGAACAACUGAUUUGGGAUAUAAUGAUAAUUACAUUCCAGUCAGUGAAUUAAGCAAAAAAUCAUAGAAUCAGCAACACUUUGCCUUGGCAUUUACCAAACCACCAUGGCCAGAAAAAAAGAAAAGAUGAAAACCUCCCCAACUGCAAGAUGGUACAAUUCCUAAAUAUGAUGAAGACAAAUUAAGGGAAGGUCCUAAAUGACCAUUAUGGAUGCACCAUUCUUUAAUGACAACUUCCGAGAGACCAUCUGUUUAUUUAGCUGCCAGGAGGCAGCCUCCACAUAAACCAACCCAACAUUCCAAGGGGUAUGCUAAAGUACCAAGUACAGAGAAAACUGUAUCUCUAGAAGUAGAAGCAGAAACAAUUAAGAAAGAUUCCAAGAAAGACAGUGAUACUAAAGGUGAAGAUGUUACAAAAGUUGAUGACAUAAAAGAUAAGAAAGAUUCAAAGAAGAUCAAGGAGUCAACUACAGAAUCUGAGGAUGAAAAGAAAGAUGCAAAGAAGGAUAAGGAUGAGAAAAAAGAUGCAAAGAAAUCCAGUGAGAAAAGUGAUGAAUCACAGGAAAAGAAAGAUGCAAAGAAAGAUGCAAAGAAGAAGGAGAGUAAAAAAGAUAAGAAAGACGAAAAGAAAUCCAGUGAGACAGAUAGUGAACCAAAGGAUGAUACCAAGAAAAAGGCCAAGAAAGAGACUGUCUUAGAAACUGCUGAGGCAAAGAAGAAUGCAAAGAAAGAUGCAAAGAAGAAUGCAAAGAAAGAUGCAAAGAAGGGCAAACAGGCCUUAGAUAAUAAUUCAAAAGCAUAUUUGAUGAAACAAUGUUAG